AUGCCCAAGCCCACUGCUGACGGAGAGCCAUCGCCGCAUGGAGCGACAGAGCUGAGGAUCGCCGCAGAGCCAGAGCUGCUGAUGACGUCAGUCAAGGUGUGUUUCGACACCUACUUUACAUCACGCACACUGGAGAACAACAGAAGGAACGUCUGGUUUGCUGAGUUCUGGGAGGAGAACUUCAACUGCAAGCUCAUGAGUUCCUCCAAGAAAGAAGACACUAGCAGAAAGUGCACAGGGCAAGAGCGAAUAGGAACAGACUCCAAAUACGAGCAGGAAGGGAAGGUGCAGUUUGUGAUAGACGCGGUGUACGCUAUGGCUCAUGCCCUGCACAACAUGCAGAAGGACCUUUGUCCUGACCAGUCGGGCGUUUGUGGAGAGAUGGAGCACGCUGGUGGCAAGAAGCUUCUCAAGUACAUCCGAUCGGUCAGCUUCAACGGGAGCGCGGGGACGUCCGUCACGUUCAAUCGGAAUGGCGACGCACCCGGACGGUACGAUCUUUUCCAGUACCAGAUGAAUAUCAACAACACUCCCGGAUAUAAAGUUAUUGGACAAUGGACAGAAACUCUCCAACUUCACAUCGAUGAGAUGCAGUGGCCCAAUGGUGAGAUGGAAAUACCCAGCUCGGUCUGCAGUCUGCCCUGUAAGACGGGUCAACGCAAGAAGAUGGUGAAAGGCAUGCCGUGCUGCUGGCACUGCGAGCCCUGCGACGGCUACCAGUACCAGUUUGACGAGACGUCCUGCAAGCUCUGCACUUACAACAUGCAUCCGAACGCCAAUCGCACUGGCUGCCAGCCCAUCCCGAUCGUCAAGCUGGAGUGGCAUUCGCCCUGGGCCGUCAUUCCCGUCUUCCUGGCUAUGCUCGGCAUCAUCGCCACCACCUUUGUUAUGGCAACGUUCAUCCGCUACAACGACACCCCGAUCGUACGAGCGUCUGGGAGGGAGCUCAGCUACUUUCUGCUGACCGGGAUAUUCCUGUGUUACAUCAUCACAUUUGUAAUGAUCGCCACUCCGGACAUUGCCGUUUGCUCCUUCAGACGAAUCUUCCUUGGGCUGGGAAUGUGUAUUAGCUACGCGGCGCUCCUCACUAAGACCAAUCGAAUUUACCGCAUCUUUGAGGAAGGGAAGACGUCGGUUACUCCACCUAAACUGAUCAGCCCGACGUCUCAGUUAGCCAUCACGUCCAGCCUCAUCUCCGUCCAGCUCUUAGGGGUCCUCAUAUGGUUCGGAGUGGAUCCUCCGAACACCAUAAUUGAUUAUGACGAACAGAAGACCAUAAACCCUGAUAAGGCCCGAGGGGUUCUCAAGUGUGACAUUACGGACCUACAAAUCAUUUGCUCUCUAGGAUACAGCAUCUUGCUGAUGGUAACAUGUACGGUUUACGCCAUCAAGACGCGAGGCGUUCCGGAGAACUUCAACGAAGCCAAACCCAUCGGCUUCACCAUGUACACCACAUGCAUUGUGUGGCUCGCCUUCAUUCCUAUUUUCUUUGGGACGGCACAAUCUGCAGAAAAGCUCUACAUCCAGACCACCACGCUGACCAUCUCCAUGAAUCUGAGCGCGUCCGUGGCUCUGGGAAUGCUCUACAUGCCCAAGGUCUAUGUCAUCAUCUUCCACCCAGAGCUCAACGUGCAGAAACGCAAGCGCAGCUUCAAGGCCGUGGCGACAGCGGCCACCAUGUCCUCACGUCUGUCACACAAACCCAGCGACCGGCCGAACGGCGAGGCCAAAACCGAACUGUGCGAAAAUGUGGAUCCCAACAGUCCGGCUGCUAAGAAAUACGUAAGCUACAAUGACCUUGUGAUCUGAGGGCCUCCAUCACAGGAGGAAGGUGAUCGAUGGCACUUCCUGGUUUCUCUUGGCUCUUUGGAACAAAAGUAAAGCGGGAAAAAGCUUUCAGUGUCCCUCUGUUUCCAUCCUUAUUUCGUCUGGGGGCCAGGACAGUGAUUGGGCCCUCAGCUAAACCAACGACAGAGGAUAUCAGUUGAUUUUCGACACCUUUAAGAAACAUAAAACAGCAAAACCACCCCAAAAAAAAAAAAAAAAAGAAAUACCCUGACAUCUACAAAAAAAGUAACAGUAACAGGAAUUACAACUGGAGGAAAUAAAUGUAGUUGUUGUUUGUUUAGUUUUUUCUGACGGAGGGAACUGAUGGGGUGUAACAGUGGCACAACACGACUGAUCGCCAGUCAAACGAUUGAGGUUGCACUUGGCGUGAUGGACCUUCGACAAGGCGUUUCUUCUGAUUCUCCAUCGCAGACUUUCUUCAGGGUGCUGAUGAAUCAACAUGGCUUUGGAAUGCUGGGCCUCGAGGUCCUCCUCAUCUUUACAUGUACUUCCAAACUGCAAGUUUUGGGGAUUUUCUGUGCGAAUUUGUGUGGUUCUUUCAGCAUUUCGGUUUCCUUCUGCUAUUUUUACGUUUCAGUUGAACGUUUCUUCUUUGGUUUUCCUUGCCUUUUCUGGAUGCACAUUGUAUUAAAGCCAUAUUCUUUUCUUUGAGAUCUCAUUCCUGGAAUAUUGUUUCUUUAUUUUGAGGAUUUCCGCUGGUUUUCGCCCUUUAACAUGAUAAAUGUGUCACAUUUUUCGACAUUCCCACCAUGUUUGUAAGGGUUUGUAGACCAUCGACUGUGUUUUUAGUGACUUUGAGAGAUGUUGCAUUGGUUUUACAGUGACUAAACGCCGGUGACGAUGGUGUUUCAGAGUUCUUUUUUAAAGAAAGUGUUUGCGUAGCAGUUGUCAAUGCAUGCUUGAUAUGUUUGAUGUUGAAGUAAAUGAAACUUUCACCACAGUUCCCUCACAAUGGCCUGUUUACAGAUGAUUUUACAAGCCUUUAUUGAUUUUUCUCUUUUUUCCUUCAUGAAUUUCUUAGACAUUCACUCACUCAAGGCAGAAUAUGGCUUUAAUUUGUCUUGGAAUUUUUAUCUGCCCUGGAACUUAUGGAGAAAUGUGCAAAAGAUAUGAAUAUAUAUUUAAAAAAAAUCUAUGAAAAAAAAUAAAAAGCAUGUAUGUUUUAUACUGUUUGUACUAAGUAUAUUCAUGUUGCCCUUGCUGCUUAUGUGCUGAUAUUGUGGAAGACUUUUAUGUUUGGCCACUCAUGCAACUAUAAUGUGGUGUUGUCUAAGAAUGUACCAACAUG